AUGAGGUUUGGCCUGACGAGAUCAGUUUUGAUUCACACCUUUGGUGGCUCCAUCAUCACCGUCCGAUCAACGACGACGUCUGGUCAAUACGUGGCUUCCAGAUCAAGAGACCCUGUUUUCGAGAAGCUCAUGGACAAAUACAAGAACCUUCUCAAGGUCAUUGCCAUACAAGACCUCAUCCUCGCGAACCCAACACCCGAUCCUCCCUCUGUUUCCAUUGAGUUUCUCUCCAGGCUUUCCCAGAAGCUCCAUCUCAACCGUGGCGCCGCUUCUUUCCUCCGAAAGUACCCUCACAUCUUCCACGUCUUGUAUGAUCCUGCCAAAUCCCAGCCCUUUUGCACUUUAACUGCUGCAGCCAUAGAGAUCUCUCGUCAAGAGGCUUUGGCUAUCAAUGCUGCUCUGCCUCUUGUAGUUGACCGGUUGGUUAGGCUCUUGUCUAUGUCCAUGUCGAAGUCGAUUCCGCUUCGUGCGGUUUUCAAGGUUUGGAGAGAACUUGGGCUCCCUGAUGACUUUGAGGACUCUGUGAUUUCAAAAAACCCUCACGUUUUUAAGCUUAGUGAUGGUCAUGAGCCUAAUACACACAUCUUAGAGCUCGUGCAAGAAGAAGGAGAAGAGGAAAGUCUGAAACUUGAAGCCGCGGUUGAGAAAUGGAGGGUGGUUGAGUGUUGUUCAGAGGAGGAUUGCAGUGUCGACAGAACCGAGAUUCAGUUUAGUUUCAAACAUAGUUACCCGCCGGGAAUGAGACUGAGCAAGAGCUUUAAGGCUAGAGUUAAGGAAUGGCAGAGGCUGCCUUAUGUGUGUCCGUACGAGGACAUGGUUGGUAAGAAGAAGAGCAAAUCCGGUGUGAUGGGAAUGGAGAAAAGAGCGGUUGCGAUUGCUCACGAGUUUCUUAGUCUGACUGUAGAGAAGAUGGUGGAGGUAGAGAAGAUCAGCCAUUUCAGGAAAUGUUUUGGGAUUGAUUUGAACAUAAGAGAUUUGUUCUUGGAUCACCCGGGGAUGUUUUAUUUGUCAACUAAAGGGAAGAUACACACAGUGUUUCUCAGAGAGGCUUAUGAGAGAGGACGUUUGAUAGAUCCAAAUCCAGUUUACGACGCUAGGAGGAAGCUUCUUGAUCUUGUUCUCUUGGGUCGCCAUGCUGCUUUAUCAGACUCGAAUAUGUCUGAACAAGAAUGA